AUGAGGCUGACUUGGGAACCUGUUGUAGCCGCCGAAGAAUCAAUCCAAAACCAAAGUCUUCCAAGUCCAUGCAGUCUUCUAGCAGUACUAGCUACCUGUACUUUUCUUCUGUACAUAACCUCUCACCACCAUCAUACACCAUAUCUUUCAAAGCUCAUACCACCCAUGUCCACCAUAACUCUACACAUCUCCUUAUUUCUCUACCUCCUCUUCUCCACCACCGCCACUGCCAUCGGCGACACCGCCAACUCGCCACCUUACAUUCCAAGCAACUACUUUCUCCUCAACUGUGGUUCAUCUUCUAGUUCUAACGAUACCGACGGCUGCACCUGGGACGGAGAUGCACCCCCCAAGUUCUGGCUAAGCACAUCUUUGGAAUCUACAGCAUCCGAGCAAAACCCUUCUGUCAAUCAAGUCCCCUACAUGGCUGCUCGUAUCUUUCACUCUCAAUUCACCUACACCUUCCCAGUCUCCGCCGGACCAAAAUUCAUUGGUCUCUAUUUCUACCCAGUUAAUUACUCUGACCUGGACAUAGCCAACUCUUUCUUCUCUGUCACCUCCGGCGGCUACACCCUCUUUAGCAACUUCAGUGCCUUUCUCAAUGUCUCUGCCAUGAAACUCGCAGUUGCUUCCCUAAGAAAGGAAUUCAUCGUCAACGUUAGGAACAACCAGAGACUGAACAUAACCUUUUUGCCGUCUCCGAAAUCUCACGCCUUCGUUAAUGGCAUUGAAGUCGUUUUAAUGCCGGAAAAUCUCUACAUUCGCGGCAGUGAUUAUCAAAUCCCACUAGUGAGCCAGAAGCAACAAUUUUUCAUUGAAAACAGCUCUGCUCUUGAGACUCUCUACCAAUUAAAUGUUGGCGGUAAUGAGGUCUCAAUAACCGAUGAUACCGGAAUGUUUCGGUUAUGGCUUUCGGACGACGAUUACACCUACACAGCUCAUGGGUUUCCACCUCACAGGGAAGUCCCAAUCCGAUAUACACAGGAGACACCACCUUACACUGCACCGAAGAUCGUUUACACAACCACAAGGACCAUGGGCAACGACAGUCAAAAGUACAAACUGACAUGGAGAUUUCCUGUUGAUUUUGGGUUUUAUUAUCUUCUCAGACUCUAA